AUGGGGGCAGUGCGGUUCAAGCAGUGAGCGCGAAUGGUGCGGGUGGGGGAAGCGGAACCCGAGGGAGAGGGGGAAGCGCUAUUGGCGGAGAAAUGGCGGGCGGCGGAGAGAUCCGCGGCAACGAAAGGGGGUGAAAUUAGAGAAGUGGACGAAUUUAGCGGCAGCGAAGCGCUACUAUCGCGGAUGUGUAACGGCGAAAUGACGAGCGACGGGGCAGUUGGCCGUAUGGAGAAAGGAGGGACAAGCAAUAUCGAGUACGGGGACGGACAGGAGACGGUAGUGGGGAGACGAGGCACUGCGCCGACGCGGGAGGUGACGACAUCAGGGCAAGGCGUGCCACGUGGCGUCAUCAUAUUGGUCGUCGUGUUCCUAGAUCUCUUUGCUGUGGGUUUGGCCAUGCCGCUAGUCACGCCGCUUAUUAAGGAGCUCGGUACGGUUCGCAAAUGAAAUCAGGCCUAUCUACUGCCAGUAGCAGUAUCAGGACUAGCAGUGCCAGAACUCGACUUUUCGAUGGGCUUUUCAAUGGCAUUUCGAACGUGUCGACCGAGCAUUGACAGUCGAGCAAUCUCUGGUAGCCUUUCGUUAAGAACAUUCGAGAGGGUGCUCUGCCGUAGAUGGUCCACCAUUCUCUCUUACCCCUCUUGCUGAUGACCCACCCUGCCCCUGAACCCUCUGUCCGCGUUAGGAACGUCCCCGUUACAGGUCGGCUUCCUCUCAUCCACCUACGGCAUUGUCCAACUCGUUACUGGGCCCUUCUUCGUUAGCAAACCUCCUCUUCUGCACUCCGCUCCUUCUCUUGUGCUCUCAUUCUUCCCUUAACUGGUGGGUAAGGUGCCUCGCUUGCUGUUCCAACUUCCACUCCCAGGCUCCCCCCCGUUUUCUCGCCCCCUUCUCUCGGGGUCUGCUAGUAGUUGACUGCAUGGGGCGGCAGUUUGUGAUUCUAGCUGCUCUUUCCCCUCGCCCCUCCCCCCCCAUACCCUUGAGCCGCCUCACAACGCCAUCUUUCCUUUCCCCUCGUCCCUCCCCCUACGCGCUCAACACUGUCCCCCAGUGACCGCAUGGGUCUUCGGUUUGUGAUUCUGGUGGCGUAUGCUGGGGCGAGCUACUUGCUGCUGCUAGUCAAUUGAGCCGUGACCCUGUGCCCCAAAGCCGCGUCCCUCUCCGCUGUCCUCCCAUCCCUGCCUCUCAGGGCCUAUGGAGUGACCGCAUGGGGCGCCGGUUUGUGAUUCUGGUGGCGUAUGCUGGGGCGGGGGCGAGCUACCUGCUGCUGGGGCAGAGCACGACUGUGACGAUGGUCGUUAUCUCCCGCGUGCUCCUGGGCCUCACCAAGCACAGCAUGAAUGCAGUCAAGUCAAGGCAUACAUAGGAUGGCGACAGCAUCAGCGCUGGGCAUUAUGGUCGGGGCCGCUGUGGGCGGAAUCCUAUUUAAGGCAGGCAGUUAUCCCCUCCCCACAGCAGCAGCAGCCCUGCUGUAUGCCAUAAACUCAUUCGUUAUUGUCACACGGCUGCAAGCACAGAGACUGGCUGCUGACUCGGCACCAGACCCUGCCUUGAGAAAGCGAGUGCUUUCGCUGCAAGGGCUCCUUCCCAAUGUCGCCAUACUGACUCGUCCCCGCGUGGCGGCACUCAUGGCAGUGCGGGCAGUGCUAGGCCUCGCUGUGCAUCUCUUCCGCCAAGGCUUCUCCCUACUCCUCAUCUACAGGCUGAAUCUAUCAGUGCAGACCAAUGGGCUGCUGCUGUCGCUGCAGGUUCUCCUCACCUCGCUGGUGCAAGGCCUGGCCAUCCGCGCCUUGCUGCAUCGCUCCCAAGACGCCUUCGUCGGCCCCUUUUCCUUCCAAUUUCUCCCCACCUCGCUUUCCGUUCCUGGUGCUCCUACUACCCCCUCUCGCCCUCUCGACUGGCGUUCUCCGCACCACUUACACCGCCCUCCUCACCACCUCUGUUGCCCAAACCGAGGUGGGGCAGCUGCUGGGUCUAUCAGACGCCAUCAUGUCUGCGUGCAGAGUGCUCGGUCCCUCUACCGCCGGCCUCGUCUCGUCCCAAUUCGGCUACCACGCCCCUGUCGCAAUCAGCAAAUCACGUCAAGGUCCCUGAAAUUUCACCCAAGUUACCGACCAGCCGAGUCAUAUGCUGCCCAGCUCACUGCACGGUACGGAUUCGGCGAAUUCACACUAGCAACGGCAACCUGGCUCCAAACAACGCAGCUUCACCACCUUCUGUCGAGUCCAUAGAUCGGCCUCAUGCUGGACGAGAGCACCGACCGCUGCCGAGGGAAGCACUUGAUCGUGUACGCCCAUUUCAUUCGCGACAACCGGUUGGUGUGCGAGUACCUGGCCUUGCUGACGGUGGACAAAGCCGAUGCGUCUUCACUGCUCGUCCUACUGCUUACCCACCUGAACGCCAUUGGGGUGGAUCUCCAGUGAGUCUCCGGCAUCAGCACUGAUGGGGCGGCUGUCAUGAUGGGGUCGAAGAGUGGGCUUGUUACUCGACUGCGCCAGCAAGUGCCUCACCUUGUGGCGUGUCACUAUAUUGCGCAUAGGGAGGCUUUGGCAGCCAAGGCAGCAUCAGAGGUGCUUCCGGUGUUCCAAAUUGUGGAUGACUUCAUCAAGGAGCUGGCGGAGUACUCCGGAAGAUCCGGCCCGUAGCACCAGCGCUUUCUCGACUUGCAAGACCUAUUCCUCUCGACUACCUUGGAGCUCCAGGGUAUUCACAACAUUCGAUGGUUGUCGAGAGAUGGACAGCCUGACCGUCCACGUGUCCAUUCUUCGCAUCACCAGCCUGUUCCUGAGCCGCUACGUCGACUGCGGGGAUGAGUUCGGGGGUGGCCCGAAGGACCAUCUCACCAACUUCCUCACCUUUCAUGGUCCCGGCGGUUCUCGCGAGGUCACUGUUAGUGGCGUGGACUACGACGGGAGUCUCACGAGCUUCACGUUUGAGCUUCACGUUGACAUGCUGCAAAGGUACCCUGGGGGAGGGAAGCAUGACAACUGUGUGGUGGCUUGCAUGGACCUUGCGGAAGGGAUGGUGAAUAACCUGAACGAGCGCCUCGGGGAUCUUCGCAAGAUGGUAGGGGUAAAGCUGUUCUGCGUUUCCACCUGGCCAAAGGACUGGGAUCGGCAAGCGAGGAGGGUGCAGUGCUUGUGAGAAGAGUGGAACCACUCCAAGCACUGCGGGAGUUGUCACACUUCACCCCGAUCCUUGCAACACUUCCGAAGAGCGAAAAAAGCUUCCACGCCGGCCUCACUGUGAUGCUGAAGACAACAGAUUGGCAAGAUGCCUACCCCAACCUCAUGAAGCUGUGGGUGGCUGUGGCCGUGCUUCCGCUGAGCACCGUGGAAUGUGAGCAGGGAUUCUCUCGACAGAAUGUCAUCAAGUCGUGGCUGCGGGGUAGCCUGAAGGACACACGGCUGAGCGAUCUCAUGUGCAUCAGUCUGCUCGAUUAUGAGCCAAACUGGGAUGAGGUGGUGGACGUGUGGAGGGCAUACAAGAAGAGGAAGCCUUUUAGAACCGUAGCACAACCUAGGCUAGUCAAGAACAAGGGAAAUGAGGUGGAGGAGCGACCUGUAGAAGUGUCGACCAUGGAUUCUGCCAUGGAUGAAUGGGAUGAUAAGUCUUAAAUAUGAAUCAUUGCUGGAUCCUUUAACUAUGUACUGCAAGCUUUGAUGUUAUCGCAAUCAUUGCCGCGAUUGCUGCUUUCCUCUUCCACCUUGUGGUGAACCACCAUCGUCCCACCUCGGCAGCUUCAGGGAUUUCGUCGAAAUGACAUUUCCACUCAAACCUACUCGAUAGGGCUCCCGACACGAGGCUUUACUCUAAAGAAAGCCUGUUCAAAUUAGUAUAUCCUAUAAAUUUUAUUGAAAGUAGCCUAGGAGCUUAGCUAGGGAGCCAUGAAAGAUGGCGAGAGGUUUUAGGCUAGGGGUAGAAGUUACGAGAGGAAAAAAGGGUUGGACUAGAA